AGUUUAACUCUGGAAAAGUUUAUUCUUAUAUUUUACAACAAUUGAAUUUUCUCGAGUAUAAUAUGGCUAUUAUAAAAAUACAAAUGGCUAUCAAUCAAUUAAAGGCGUUUGUUGAUACUGAUAUUGAGACAGUACGUCAGAAGAUGCUUAACAGAUCUAUUACUAGUAACUACUUAACUGAUGAAGAAGAAGAGCUAAUCAAGACUAUUUCAGAACAAAUAGUCAGUUCAUCUUUGGAUAUUUUGGGGGAUGAUGAUCUUGACGAGCGAGAGUACAAGAUUCAGUAUUUAUUUGAGUUAAAAGAGCGUAAAAAAGAAAAGUUUAAUAUCAGCGAUUGGAAAGCAACAAAUUAUAAUUUGUUAGCUAAAGACGAACAACUCUAUUUUCACAUUUUAGAAAAACAAUAA